AAAUAAUUAGAAAAAUAAUAAUUAAUAAUAUCUUUCAAUUUAUAUAAAAAAAAAUGUCUAAUAAAAUUGUAUUUAAUAAAUAUCCUUUCUUAAAGGAACUAGGUCUUGAAGAAAAAAUGGGUGGCUGUUUCGAUGGUGAAAAAUGGUGUGGAAGUGGCGAACUUUUCUAAUCAAUAAACCCUUCAACAAACGAAAUAGUAGCAGAAAUAAAAGGAGCGUCACUAUAAGAAUAUGAAAACUCAACUUAAAACAUGUUGAAAGCUAAGAAUUUGUGGAUGAGUCUUCCAAUGCCACGAAAAGGUGAAAUAGUUAGAUAAAUAGGAGAUGCAUUUAGAAAAAAUAAAUCUUAAUUAGGAAAAUUAGUAUCUUUAGAAGUUGGAAAAAUUUUAUCUGAAGGAGAAGGAGAAAUAUAAGAAAUAAUCGAUAUUUGUGAUAUGUGUUGUGGUUUAUCAAGAAAUUUAAAUGGUUAAAUGAUUCCAUCUGAACGUCCUGAUCAUAUAAUGAUGGAAUAAUGGAAUCCUUUAGGUUUAAUUGGUGUUAUUUCAGCUUUUAAUUUUCCAACAGCUGUUUUUGGUUGGAAUUUUUGUGUUGCGGCAGUUUGUGGUAAUCUGACUAUGUGGAAAUCUUCACCUACUACACCUUUAUGUGGUAUAGCUUGUACUAAAAUUAUAAUUGAUGUUCUCGAAAGAAAUGGAAUUCCAAAAUCUGUACUAACCCUCUGUACCGGAGGUAGAGAUAUUGGUGAAAAACUAGUUGAAGACACCAGAUUUGCAUUAAUAAGUUUUACUGGUUCCACUUAGGUAGGUAGAGAAGUUUCCUAAAAAGUUGCCAAAAGAUUCGGUAAAUCUAUUCUUGAACUUGGAGGAAAUAACUGUUUAAUAGUAUGUGAUGAUGCCAAUGAAGAAUUAGCUUUAAAAGCCAGUUGUUUUUCUGCAGUUGGUACUUGUGGUUAAAGAUGUACAUCUUUAAGAAGACUAUUAAUUCAUUCUUCAAAAUAUGAAAGUAUGAAAGAAAAACUAGUAAAAGCAUACUCUUCAGUUGUCAUUGGAGAUCCUUUGGACUCUAAAACUUUAUGUGGACCUUUACAUUCUACAAACUAAAUUUCCAUAUUCGAAAGAGGGCUUAAAGAUAUUUAAGAAUAAGGAGGAAAAAUAUUAGUUGGGGGUAAAAAAGUUGAAGGAAAUGGUAAUUUCGUACAACCAACAAUAGUUGAAAUGACUAAUGUACAUGCUCCUAUACUUUAACAUGAAUUAUUUGUACCUAUUCUUUAUAUUAUGAAGUUUGAUACACUAGAUGAGGCUAUUUAAAUCAAUAAUUCAGUUCCUUAAGGACUCUCUUCUUCUUUAUUUACUUAAAAUGUUGCUAAUGUUUAUAAAUGGACUGGUCCUUUAGGGGCAGAUACUGGAAUUGUUAAUGUUAAUAUUGGACCUUCAGGGGCUGAAAUCGGAGGGGCUUUUGGAGGAGAAAAAGAAACUGGAGGUGGUAGAGAAAGUGGAUCAGAUUCUUGGAAAUAAUACAUGAGAAGAUCUACUUGUACUAUUAAUUAUGGAAAAACAUUACCUUUAGCCUAAGGCAUUAAAUUUGAUUUAUGAGAAAGUAUUAUUUUUUAAAAAAAUUAUUUAUGUUUAGCUUUUUUUUUAAUAGUGAGUUUUAUUAACUUUUUUGAUAUAUAUUUUUUUAAAA